AUGGAACUCAACGAUUGGAAGUUGCAGGAUACCUGGAUCGUGAAAGAAAAAUCCGAGGAAAUGAGUAGUUAUAGAGAGGAUAACAAGCAACUGCUUGCUUUUGCAUCACUUAAUGAAUCACAAUCAAGAAAAACAACUCCAUACCCAUUGCGAAUCGAUACAACAAGCAUCAAAAUAGCCUCAACCUUGCAAGCUAUCAGUGCUGUGUUUAUAUGGAUCAGUUGUCUGACCCGUCUUGUGUUGAAAGAGGGGAUCGAUGCAGUGUGCCUUACGUCUUUAGUUUUGUGUCCUACGUUUCUUUGCACGUGCUAUUUGGGUUUGGCUCUAAUUGAAGCACCGAGCAAGAAUCAGAUUCUCCAUUACAUUGCCUCGUCAAUAAUAACAACAAUCUGUUCAUUGCUGAUGGCCACUACCAAUAUCUUCGUUUUUCAUAAAUGGGAAGGAUUUCAUGCACAAUUAAUAUCCGAAACAGUACUCGAGAUACUGCUUAUCAGUUUCACCGGAUGCGGCGCCUUGUCCGCGCGUAAAAUAUUUAGCGCCGUUUGCGGAACACAUAAACGGAAAGCUAUCUUGUAA